UGAGCAUAAACACAAACAUCUCCACUAAGUGUCUUUCAGCACUUUGGAUUACACAAAGAGGCAGAAUUGAGCUUGUCCAUGUGAGUCUUUCACUCCAGUGGGACCGAGAAAGGGGGCAGCCUUACAGUCCCCUAUCUUCUCAGCCACCACUAAUCCAUCUACUCUUUAUAAGAGCAUGACAGCAUUAGAUGUGUUGCCAUGACCACGUCGACCAUUACUCGCCACCUCCCUGUACCACUUGAGACGGCGCCACCGGCUGCCUCCAAGAGUGCAGAUCACAGCGAGGUCGACAUGAUGGCGCCUCAUGCGGUCCCUCACCACCUUCUCAAUGUGAACAACAAUAAUAACAGUGAAGAGAAGAAGGAAAAGCAAGAAAAGGGAGCAAAUGAGAAGGGUGUAGAAAAGCCCAAAGAAAUAUUUGUUAUUAACCCAGCUGGAAAUCUCUAUUACAACUGGCUGUUCAUCAUCACAUUGCCUGUCAUGUACAACUGGACCAUGAUCAUUGCCAGGGCAUGCUUUGAGGAGUUGCAGCACAACUUCAUCGUUUACUGGAUUUUAUUGGACUACACCUCAGACCUCAUGUACUUGGCUGAUAUGUUCGUCAGGACGAGAACAGGUUACCUCGAGCAAGGCCUGAUGAUCAAAGAUGAAAAGCUGCUGCGCGACCGCUACAUGAACAGCUUCCAGUUCCGGCUGGAUGUUAUCUCCAUGUUUCCAACCGACAUCCUGUAUCUACUUCUGGGUAUGGACUACCCGGAGAUCCGCAUCAAUAAGCUGCUCAGGAUCAGCCGCAUGAUGGAAUUCUUCACAAAGACGGAAACUAAAACUAACUACCCCAAUAUAUUCCGCAUUGCAAACCUGAUCAUGUACAUCCUCAUCAUUAUCCAUUGGAACGCCUGCUUCUACUUUUCCUUCUCCAAGUCUAUUGGUUUUGGAGCGGAUGAAUGGGUUUACCCAGCGUUAGAUGACCCAGAGGAACCUGCGUUUGGGCAGCCCAUGAGGAAGUAUGCCUUCAGCCUCUACUGGUCCACACUGACUCUGACCACCAUUGGGGAAACGCCACCACCGGCCCUCGAUUCUGAAUUUUUCUUCCAUGUGGUGGACUUCUUAGUUGGGGUUCUCAUCUUUGCCACCAUUGUGGGAAAUAUUGCUACGAUGAUCUCCAACAUGAAUGCAGCCCAAGCCCAGUUCCAGGCUCGAAUUGACAACAUCAAGCAGUACAUGCAGGUUCGAAAGGUCAGCAAGGAUCUGGAAUUGCGCGUCAUCAAGUGGUUUGACUACCUGUGGAACAAUGGCAAGGCACAGGAUGAACGUGAGGUUCUGCGGUAUCUCCCAGACAAGCUGAAAGCCGAGAUAGCCAUCCAAGUUCACAUGGAGACGCUAAAGAAGGUUCGCAUUUUUGCUGACUGUGAAGCGGGCCUGCUGAUCGAGCUGGUGCUAAAGCUCCGGCCUCAGGUGUUCAGCCCCGGAGACUACAUCUGCAAGAAGGGCGAUAUCGGUCGUGAGAUGUACAUCAUCAAAGAUGGGAAAUUGGCGGUCGUGGCGGAUGAUGGCGUGACUCAGUUUGUGGUGCUCGGGAGCGGGAGUUAUUUCGGUGAGAUCAGUAUCCUUAAUAUCAAGGGCAGCAAAGCAGGAAACAGGCGGACUGCCAACAUCCGCAGCAUUGGAUACUCUGACCUCUUCUGCCUGUCCAAGGAUGACCUGAUGGAGUCGCUAGUGGAAUACCCGGAUGCUAAGGGCAUGCUGGAGGAGAAAGGCCGACAGAUCCUGAUGAAAGACGGCCUGAUUGACUUGGAUCCUGCCAACAUCAAGCCGGAGGCCAAGGAGUUAGAGGAGAAGGUCAGCAGAUUAUACAACACAAUGGAGCUGAUGCAGACCAAGCUGAAGAAGAUCCUUGGAAAACACAAGAAAACGGAUACAGCUCUAUGGCAUCGUAUCACCGACCUGGAACGAAUGACAGGUGAGGAGGUAGAGGAUGAAGAGGAGGAAAAGGAGGUGAAAAAGGAGGGAAUUCAGGUGGAAGACGAUAAAGCUGGAGGGGAGGAAAACGAAGAGGAAGAGAAGGGCGAAGCAAAGGAUGAGGAUGGUGAAAAAGUGAUCCGAGAAGAAGGAAAAUAAAAUCAUUUCAAGAAAACAUAGCACUUAGAGCAGCUUAAAAACAUUAGAAACCAUGGAAACUCUUUGAUGUGUAAACAUAGGCAGUAAAUCUACCAUACCAUUCCAUACCAUUCCAUACCAUCCCAUACCAUCCCAUACCAUCCCACACCAUACCAUCC